AUGUCCAAACUCUUCCUCUGUUCCGUCUUGUUGGUGUUCUUUGCGGCUUGUUGUGUGCUCGCUGCUGAUUCAGAGUCGUUGCUUUCUAACGGAGCUACUUUGGUCGUAAACACGGAUUCUUUGAAUGUCCGAAGUGGACCAUGUACCAACCAAGGAGUGAUUACAAGCCUUUCACUAGGUACUUCAGUAACUUAUAUUGGUGAAACUGCGAGCGGAUGUGGUUAUUCUUGGCAUAAAAUUAGAGGCAGCUUUGGAGUUGGUUAUGCUGCUUCUCAAUAUUUGAAUGAACAGUCAAACAAUGGUGGUUCUUCUGGUGCUAGCAUUACUGUGGAUCAAUUGAAGGCUUGUAUGCCUGGAUUGUCUGCAAGCAAGGCUAAUAUUUAUAUCAAUUAUUUGAAUGAUGCUUUGAGAACUGGUAACAUCAACACUUGUUGCAGAAAGAGUGCUUUCUUGGCCCAACUUGCUCACGAGUCUGGAGAUCUCAACUGGUGGGUUGAAUUCGCUUCUGGUGCUGCUUAUGAAGGAAGAAAGGAUCUCGGAAACAUCUAUCCUGGCGAUGGUGUCAGAUAUAAGGGAAGAGGCCCAAUUCAAAUCACUGGUAGAGCUAACUACAGAGCUGCUGGUCAAGCCAUUGGUGUUGAUUUGGAAAAUAAUCCAACCAGAGCUGCUGACACUGAUGUUGGUUUUAGAACUGCUGUCUGGUUCUGGAAUUCUCGUUCAUUGAACCAAUAUGCUGAUCAUUGUGAUCAAGCUAACUUUGAUAUCAUCACAAGAAGAAUCAACGGAGGAUACAAUGUCGCACUUUUAGCACAAUCAUUGAACAUACGUUCGGGACCAUGUACCAAUAAACGAGUAUUGGCUUCUCUCACGCAAGGCAAACAAGUCACUUACACUGGUAAAACAGUGAGAGGAUGUGGUUAUUUGUGGCAUUCUGUCAGAGGUGCUUUCGGUUUGGGAUAUGCUGCUACUCAAUUCUUGUCCGAGAAGAGAUCCUCAAAACCAUCACCAAGCAAACCAAGUGGACCAUCCAGUCCAAAGCCAACUGCUGGUGGUUUGACUGCUGCUCAAUUAAUGAGAUGCAUGCCAAAUUUGAGAACAAGCAAAGCUGUUACUUAUAUCCCAUAUUUGAAUGCUGCUAUGAAGAGUGGAAAUAUCAACACUUGCUGCAGAAGAAGUGCUUUCUUGGCUCAAUUGGCUCACGAAAGUGGUGAUCUAAACUGGUGGGUUGAAUUUGCUAGCGGAAGAGAAUAUGAAGGAAGAAGAGAUCUCGGCAAUAUUUACCCAGGCGAUGGUGUUAGAUAUAAGGGAAGAGGCCCAAUUCAAAUCACUGGUAGAGCUAACUACAGAGCUGCUGGAAGAGCUCUCGGAAUUGAUUUGGAGGGACAUCCAACCAGAGCCUCCGAUGUUGAUGUUGGUUUCAGAACGGCUGUCUGGUUCUGGAAUACUCGUUCCUUAAACACUUACGCUGAUCGUUGCAAUCAAGCCAACUUUGAUAUCAUCACAAGAAGAAUCAACGGAGGAUACAAUGGUAAGGCUGAAAGAGAUGCCAAGUGGAGACAUAUCCGAUCUGUGUUGGGUUGUUAA